UCUUUCUUGAAAACAAAAGCAUCUUCCUUCUCGAUUCUCAGCAUCUACGAAAUAUUCAUACUUCCACUUGACAAUAUCCAACGGCUUAGCAUUCCUCUCUCUUCAUCCGACGGUCCAUGUUUCAUGUUCUCUCCUCUAUCUCUCUUAUCACCUUUAUAUAAACCACCUAACCAAUCACCUCUUUGCUUAUCAUCAAGACAACAAGAAAAACAUGGCCACUUUGGAUUCUCCAUUAGAAGCGUUGGCUUUCGAAUACGUUAGCUUCGGUGUUCUUGCCAUCGUCAACAAUGUCUGGACAUGGAUCGCUGUCGUGACGGCAGCCGUCAGCUUCUGGAGGAUGAGAGUCACCACCAUUGGAGACGACGGCCGUCAUGGAUGUGGCUUGUUAGAGGAACAAACCGCCUCGAAAUCUGAACAAGAACCACAAGAAGUAGCUGGUCCGGUUAAAGAAACGGCGGUGGCUCGAGUGGAGGAAACGGUGGUUACAAAAACGGAGGUUUGGGAGACGUUAAUAUGCGAUGACGGAGUGACAAAAGGGAAGAUGACUAUGUACUACGAGGUAGACGUUGACGGAGGGAGGGGUGUUGACGGAGAGUUAACGUCCGCUGUUAACUAUGGAGGUAGUUUGGGUGAUUGUGAAGAGUGGUGGGAGAAGUGGGAAAGAGUGGUGAAGAUGAGAAAUGGUGAUGAAGAUUGGUACCGUUACGUGGACUUGAUGGUGAUAAACGGAAGUGUCGUAAGAUUAUGGGAUGACAAAAGGAGCCUGUAACGGCUGAAGGUGUCUACUACAUUAUAGAUACUUCAAAACUUGUUGGUUUUAAGUAUAUUAUUUUUUGGUCGAUUAUUUUUGCAAUUUGUAGAUAAUUUCUCGCAAACAAGACCAGGAGCUCUUGAAUUAGAAUAAAUCAGUAUCAAGUAUUGUUGCUACCAGAA